AUGAUUUCUUUUGAUAAGCUUCUUCUGCUUACCUUUUUAGCGGUAUCUCUCAUUCUAGUUGCAGAGAGUCGCGGACAAAUCUUACUAGAAGAUGAUGAAAACGAGUUGGAUAGGUUACUCAAUUAUAUCAAUAAACCUCCAAUCAAGAGUUUUCAGACUGAAAAUGGUGAUAUAUUGGAUUGCAUUGACAUUCACAAGCAGCUCGCAUUUGAUCAUCCUCAGCUCAAAAACCAUUCUAUUCAGUUGAGGCCUACAACUAUACCUAAAUGGAACAUAACUAAUAAUAAUGAUUCUCGUCCCGUACCGCUUCGACAAGAUGGCAUAAGUUGUCCACUUGGGACCGUGAUUGUUAAGAGAACCACACCGAAUGAUCUUAUACAAGAUCAGCGUUUGAAAGCCAUGGGUUUGCGGUUGGCUCAGUACAAAUAUUCUCAUUAUGGAGCAAGAGGAAACCUUAAUCUUUGGGAACCAGAAGUUUCACCUACUCAAUUCAGUCUUGCAAGUAUGCUUAUCUCUAGCGGCUUAAAUGAACAGUUUCAAGGCAUUAGAGCUGGAUGGAUAGUGUACCAAUGGUUAAACCGGAAUCACACUCGCUUAUACACCUACUGGACUACGGAUGGAUUUAAGAAGACAGGAUGCUAUAAUACAUUAUGUCCUGGCUUUGUGCAAUCCAGUGAAAGAGAAGAGUCCAAGCAUGGAAGUGGACAUUUCCCACAAGAGGGUUUCAAGAAAGCAGCCUAUGUGAGUGGUAUUGAACUAAUCGAAGAUAUUAAAUUGGAAGGUUCGAUGGGUCCACCACUUCAUUCUCUAAAAACAGUUUCAAGCACCCCAAAUUGUUACAAAGCCAUAAAGAAACCAGGUAUGGGUGAACUUUGGGCUAAUGCUAUUUUCUUUGGAGGGCCAGGAGGAUGUACAUUCUAGUUACCAUGUUCUUAAGAUCUCUAUUUAGUUUUUCAUUUUUAAGU